AUGCGGCUGGUGCUGGUGGUCCAGUUGUUGGUGUUGACUGGACUGGUGCUCGGCAUAAAGCAUCGCAAUUUUAAAAGGCUUGGGGAGUAUGAAGACGACUCGGACCUUGACUACAGUGAAGAAGAAGACGACAGGGAUGCAGAAAUUGAACCGCUGAUUGUGUGUCGCAAGGAUGGGAGUAAGUAUGAGUAAUGUGUAGGUAUAGUAUGUUUAGUAAUUUUUAAGAAUAUACUGUAAUUUUGGAGAAAUGAGGAUAGAGUAGAGUAAGAUGAGGUAGCAUAAAGAAGAACGAUGAUGAAUAAGGUAGGAUGAGGUAGAAUAGUGACGAAUUAGAUAAAAUGGGGUAAGACAAGUCAGAACAGGAUAAGAUAGAGUAUCAAAGUAGGGUAAGACAAAGGAAAAAACUUUUUUGCCAUUUUUUAUAUCGUAAAGAAAGUUCUUGCUAUUCUUUGCAUUGUAAAGAAAAUUCUUGCCAUUAUUUGCUUUGUAAAGAAAGUUCUUGCCAUUUUUUGCUUUUUAAAGAAAGUUUUUGCCAUUUUUUGCUUUGUAAACAAAGUUUUUUCAACUUCAGAAGACCCAUGCCACUGUGAUGACAAGAACGAUGUAGGUAUCUUAAACUGUCGUAGAGGAACGACAAAGAAAGGAAAGCAAAGUAACAAAGCCUUCCUAACUAAUGCCACGGUAAAAGUAGAAGAUGAUGAUUUCAAAGCCAAACAUAUAUCUUUUGCUGGUAAUCAAAUAACGUUCUUGGAUGGUGAAUCUAUCGUACCUGGCCAGAGGAUUACUGUAAAGACGCUUGAUUUCACAGCAAACAGAAUAUCGCUGAUCAAUACUGAAACGUUUGAUGAAUUUUCGAAAUUAGAAAAAUUGAAGUUGAGUCACAACCUAAUUGCUUUGGAUUCGACUAAAGAGUAAGUCAAUAUUACAAAAUCAAUUUGUAAAGUUUUAAAAAUUUAUUAAGAUUCUGAGUAAAAUUAAAUUUAUCAGGCUCAAAAUUACUGAGCACCAUCGUAACAAACGAUAGUUUAGUAGCCGCAGGCUUAAAUGACUUUGUCUGAAGAGGCUUAUUUAGAUUUAGACCUAGCUUUAAAAUUAAAAUUAAAAUUUCAAUUUGGGCCUAGUGUUAAACUUAAGCUUAGACUGAGGCUUAAGUUUUGGACUUGACGUAGACUUAGGCUUAAGCUCAGGCCCCGGCUCACGCUCAGGCUCUAGCUCAAACUCAGGCUCAGGCUCAGGCUCAGGCUCAGGCUCAGGCUCAGGCUCAGGCUUAGGCUCAAGCUCAGGCUUAGCCUCAACCCUCAGGCCCAGCUUCAUAGACUCAAGCUCAAGCUUACAAUUGUUAGGCCCAGGCUCAGGCGCAGUUUCAAAUUCAAGCUCAGGCUUAGGCUCAAGCUCUAGCUCAAACUCAGGCUUAAGCACUUAAGCACAGGCACAAACUAACACUCAAGCACAGCCUCAGACUCAUGCUCAAGCUUGAGCGCAGCUCCUUCGCCUUAAGUUCACUUUAGCAACCACAAUCUAAGCAUUUGAAAACUUACAGCAUCUUAAUCCUUAGUCGCAGUUUUUAAGCUUAGGUUCAGGCUAAGCAAAAUUAGAUUUUCAGGAAACAGGCUUAAAACUAGGUUUUACAAACUUAGAUUUAAUAUGCACUAUUUUUUUAAAUAUCGAAAGUAACGACUUUCAAAGUUUCAUAACCUACUAAAGACACAAUUUUCAGUGGCUGGAUAACGGACAAACUGGGCAAAACAUUGAAAAAGCUUUAUUUGGACUAUAAUAUGCUUGGUGACAUACCAAACGGUCUGUUUGAUCCGCUUGGAACGACGUUGGAGACACUUGUAUUAGAUGGAAAUCCAAGUCUGAAGUUGUCUGACAACACUUUUGGAUCAGAGUUGGCAAAUUUAAAAGAAUUGUCGUUGGAUAAAUGCAAAUUGACUGAUUUACCGCCAAAACUUUUCGACAACCUAAAGUAAGUUUUUUUUUAAAUUUGAAAUUUAAAUGGCAAGAACUUUCUUUACAAGACAAAAAAUGGCAAGAACUUUCCUUACAAAACUUAAACUGGCAAGAACUUUCUUUACAAAAUAAAAAAUCGCAAGAACUUUCUUUACAAAAAAAGAAAUGACAAGAACUUUCUUUACAAAGACUUAUAUUUCAAUUUGUCACACUUUCAGAGGCCUUCAAAGCAUCUCCCUAAUAGGCAACCCUAUGACGUCUAUCCCAGCUUCUAUUGCCAAGAUAUCCAAUCUCAUAUACCUUGACUUGAGCGUUACAGAAUUGCCGGAAAUUCCAGCGGACUCAUUCACAAAAAACUCGAAAUUAGAGACGAUAUACCUAAACAACAACAAAUACUUGGCCAAGAUUGAUGAUUGUGCCUUCUGUGAGCUCGAGAACUUGAAGAAAGUCAUUAUCAACAACUGCGAACAGCUGAAUCAUAUCAAUAAGAAUGCGUUUGGUUAUGUUGAAGGUAGUGGACCAAAGGAAUUGACCGUUUUAAAGUUGGACAAUAACAAUUUGACAACGUUGGACGAAGGCUUGGCUAAAUGGGAGGAUUUGGAAGGCAUUGCUUUAGGCAAAAAUCCUUGGAUCUGCGAUGACAAGUUGGAAUGGAUGAUCAAAACACCCGGACUUCAUUUGAUUGGCGAUGAAGUGCCGAAGUAAGUGUUUAGCUUGGUAUUAUGAAGCUUAAUUUUAUUGUGUUUACGCUUGGAAAAUUUAUUUUUAGGUUGAAAAGAAGUGUGUUUAGGCUUAACGGAUUUAUUUUUAAGCUUUAAAGACGGAUGGUUAGGCUUAUAAAUUGAAUGUUUGGAUGACUUAAAUUAUAAUAGGUUUUAGGCUUAGUAGGUUAGAAUAAGUGAGCUAAAACUUAGUAGACUAAAGAAUAGUAUGCUUAGGGUUAGUAGACUUCGGAUUAGUAGGGUUAAUCUUAGCAGGCAUAGGCUUAGUAGGCUUAUGCUUAGUAGGCUUAGGCUAAGUAGGCUUACUUUUAGCGAACUUAAGCUUGUUUUAUACGUUUAAGCAUAAGGGCUGAAGCUAAUAAGGCUUACAGAACUUCAAAUGAACAGUCUAACCUCUAAAAACCUUAUUUCAGAUGCAAUGCCCCAUCAGAAUUGGCAGGCAAAUCAAUUCCUCAACUUCGAGGUCAAGCCGGAACUCCAGAAGCCUCUCCAACUUCAAACUCAUUCUUUGCGUCAGCCUUCUACGCUCUUCUAACCAUAGUGCUACUAUCAGGAAUUGUGGUAGCUGGCUUUAUAAUGUGGACCAAACGUCAUUCAAACCCAUUUUAUCGACCGACCAUGCCCAAUGUUGGGUUUAGCAACUUGACCGCCGAGUUGGACAUGGAUGAUGAGAUGAUGACGUUGGCUGACGAGGAUGAAGAAGCCUUACCCAAACCUGUGGCCGUAUAA